CACCCACCAUACUCUUAACGACGAUGCCGCCUCGCCCAUCCCUCGCUGCGUUGAGGGGGUACGCCACGGCGGCCGCCAAGCCGGCCGCUAAGGCCGCCUCUUCCCCCGCGCCCGUCUUCCGCUCGCCGUCAGCCGAAGCUAACGUGCCGCGCAUUUACACCGAGCGCAAGGCCUUCCUGUACGACUACUACACCCAUCUCAUGCAGCGCUCCCAGCUCGUCCUGUUGUUCAAGCACGAGAAUCUUACGGUGCCCACGAGUGGCAAGCUGCGUGCAGCCAUUGCCAAAAUACCCGUCCCACGACCGGCAUCUCUGCCCCAAGAACAAGACAUCGAGCGGGCAACUCUAACAGUCACCCGUACUGGCAUCCUUGCGCCCGUAGUGCGCGCUGCGCGACCCAACGCCGACUUCUCCCCCUUGCUCGAUGGACCCACUGCCAUUAUUACCUGCCCAUCUCUCUCGCCCAAAUACGUCAACGCUAUGCUAGGUGCGAUCGAACGCGUCGUCAAGGCCAGCAAGAAGGAGGAGGAUCCUAAGAAAGGGCCCGCGUCGCAGCCCACGUUCACUCUCCUUGCCGGUAUCCUCGAGGGAAACACGCUGCUCAACCCUGCGCAGGUUGUCGAGGCUGCUAAGCUGCCCGAGCUCGACCAGCUGCGUGCUCAGCUCAUCGGGCUGCUGGAGACACCGCAGCGGCAGCUCAUCGGUGUGGUCCAGCAGGCUGGCGGCGGUUCGUUGGUACGCACUCUCCAAGGUCUGGAGGAGAGCCUCAAGGAGAAGGAGGGCAGCGCCGCGCCUUCCUCAUAGUUAUUUCUGCAGGGCAUAGCAUCUCUCCGUUCACCGCAUGUAACGCAUACCAUCCAUGGCCGAAGAAUACAGGCCCCGCAGGCGGGCGGCUACCAACAAUACACCUAGGCUGUCAUGCGCGGCGCAGAGGACGAUAAGUCGGACAGAUCUACCUGUGGAUGCACCAUGU